AUGUUCUCCAAGACCUCAAGUACCCUGAGUAUCCCAGUAAGCCUUCUUGCUAAACGCGCCAACUCAGCUGGCUGUGGGAAAGCACCGGCCACGACCUCGGGCACGAAGUCCAUCACCGUGAAUGGAAAGAAUCGUCAAUACAUCAUUCGCGUCCCAUCUGGAUACGAUAAGGGCAAACCCUACAAGUUGAUCUUUGCAUUUCACUGGGUUGGCGGCACAAUGAACGAUGUCGCGGGUGGAGGGUCUGAUGGAGCGCUAUGGGCAUACUACGGCAUGCAGAAGAAGUCAGCUGAGACAGCUAUCCUUGUUGCGCCACAAGGCCUAAACAACGGCUGGGGUAACAGUGGCGGUGAAGAUCUUGCCUUCGUGGAUGCAAUGAGGAAAGCGAUUGAAGCCGACCUUUGUGUGGACACAACACAACGAUUUGCGACUGGCUUCUCGUAUGGAGGGUCCAUGUCUUUUUCAAUCGCGUGCUCGCGAGCUAAAGACUUCCGCGCAGUUGCUGUCAUCUCUGGAGGGCAGUUGAGUGGGUGCGAUGGCGGUAAUGACCCAAUUGCCUAUCUGGGAAUUCAUGGAAUCAGCGACGGCACGCUUCCUAUCUCUGGCGGGCGAAACCUACGCGAUCGUUUUGUCAAAAACAACGGCUGUACGAAUAUGAAUCCCAAGGAACCAUCUGCAGGAAGCAAAACGCAUGUCAAGACGUCAUACUCAGGAUGCAAGGCCGGGUAUCCAGUCACUUGGCUAGCAUUUGACGGUGGCCAUGCUCCAGCACCCGUGGAUGGCGGAAGUGACAGUGGCGCUCGCAGCUACACGCCGGAUGAGAUCUGGGGUUUCUUUAAUCAGUUCUCGUAG